GCAGUUGCUGUGUUGAAAGUAGGAACUAGUCAGCUAACUGUGACGUUACUUGCCUUGCACACACAACAAAAAAACUACACUCGCCGUGUUUCUUUUGCCUUUUUUUUUCUUGUUCUUCGCGGCCUUUUUCCCGCCCUUCCUUGAAGAAGCAGCAGCCAUGAGCUUUUUUGGAUUCGGCCAAAGUGCGGACAUCGAUGUGGUUCUGAACGAUGCAGAAACGAGGAAGAAAGCCGAGCACAAAAGCGAGGACGGCAGGAAGGACAGAUAUUUCCUCUUCUACGACGGGGAAACGGUGUCGGGGAAGGUCAACGUGACGCUCAAGUAUCCGGGAAAGAGGCUGGAACACAACGGCAUCAAGAUCGAGUUUGUCGGGCAGAUAGAGCUCUAUUAUGACAGAGGAAACCACCAUGAAUUUGUGUCUCUGGUGAAAGACCUUGCCAGGCCUGGGGAACUCACACAGUCGCAGACCUUCGAUUUUGAGUUCACACACGUAGAAAAACCAUACGAGUCUUACACCGGCCAGAACGUCAAAUUACGAUACUUCCUGAGAGCCACAGUAAACCGCAGAUUGAGUGACAUCAGCAAAGAGAUGGAUAUUGUGGUUCAUACACUCAGCACCUACCCUGACAUCAACUCCUCCAUCAAAAUGGAAGUUGGGAUCGAGGAUUGUCUACACAUCGAGUUUGAGUAUAAUAAAUCCAAGUAUCACAUAAAAGAUGUAAUUGUUGGAAAGAUUUACUUUUUGCUGGUGAGGAUAAAAAUCAAACACAUGGAGAUUGACAUCAUCAAGCGGGAAACAACUGGCACUGGGCCCAACGUCUACCACGAGAACGACACCAUAGCCAAGUAUGAAAUCAUGGACGGCGCACCUGUCAGAGGAGAGUCCAUCCCCAUCAGGCUGUUCCUAGCAGGCUACGAGAUGACGCCGACCAUGAGGGACAUUAACAAGAAGUUCUCAGUGCGCUACUACCUCAACUUGGUCCUCAUUGACGAGGAGGAAAGACGAUACUUCAAACAGCAGGAGAUCACGUUGUGGAGGAAAGGUGACGUCGCCAGGAAGAGUAUGUCUCAUCAAGCAGCCAUCGCCUCCCAGCGCUUCGAGGGCUCCUCCAAACCAGACAACCGCGGCGAUGAAGGAGAAAGCUAAAUCCAAAAGUUAUGAAUAUGCAUAUCAUUUCUAUGUGUGGAGAGAAAACGUGCGGCACUUCUUUGCAGUGCAUGUGUGUGUGUGCGUGCGUCACCUAAUAGCGAGGUCUGUGCUCAGAAUUAUAGAAUUUUAUUUCAAGAGAAAAUGAAAGGAGUGAUUGUGCUUAAGAUGCUUGAAGUAUUUUCAUACAUUCCACCAGAAUUGACAUAUUUAGAGUAUUUAUUUUUAAGGCGGUCAGAAGUGUUCAGUGCAUUAUUCAACCAGCGAGAUCACGCCUGCUUCUACAACACAUGAACACAAAAUAACCAGUGGAGACAAAAGGAAUUGAGGAUUAUUCUUUGGAACACAUUUAAAAAGUCAUUCAUAGAGAGUAGAAUAUAUAAAGUGGAACUUUCUGUGAUUCUGGUUGAUUUCUAAAUUCUAAAUAAUGUUAGGUGUACGGGUGUCCUGAUCCAAUAUCGAUAAUGGUCCAAUAUCAGCAAAGACAUCAAUAUUGGCUUGCAUCAAAACAGUCCGAUACAAGCAGUCCUGCAGUGUGUUUAUAAGUGCAAAGCUGCACAGACUGUUGACUUCUAUAUGUCCUCCAAUAAACACACAAGGUUGGUCUUUUCUUUUA